UUCGAAUGACUAUGGUCUUUUGAAACGUAGGAUUCUAUAUGAGGAUGAGGAAGAAAAAGAUGAGAUUUGGAUAAACUACUGUGGCAUGCCGAUAUGUUUUGGUAUUAAAGAAUUUGCCAUAAUUACUGGACUUAGAUGUCAUCAUGCUGUUCAGCCUCUUCCUAUUGUUAAGCCAAAGAAUACAACCAACAAAACAAAGAAAGUCAAAGGCAAAGAAAAAAUAGCUGAUGAUGAUGACUUGGUGGAUAUUGUUGGUAAGAGCUACAGAAGCACAAAUUUGCUCACAGAUCUGGAGUCUAAAACACUUUCAAGUAAGCACAAAGAGUCACUGCGCUUAGUUUGGUUCGUGCAUGCUAUUCUAUGGGCCAAAGACACCAAACAAGUCAUACCAACUAGUUUGUUAAAGUUAUCUCAGGAUCGUGAGGAAUUCAACAACUAUCCAUGGGGACACGAAAGCUACAAUUUAACUGUUAAAUAUUUGUUGCAAAAGCUUGGGCAUUUGAAGCCCUUCCGCACCUCCGACAGCAAGUCAAGGACUACUCUGAAAAGGUUUCUUAUCCAAGGAUCCUUAGAUGGUUGUCUGCCAAGAACAACCAAAAAGCGAAUGUUGUCGACUUGUUCACCCCUCCUGAUGAUGCAAUUGUGCAUCCGUGGCUCAUCCCUACUGAUUUCGAAUCAACCAUGCCAGCACCUUCUUACUUUAGGAUUUGUGAGAACUUUACCUGACAGGUUAUUGAUAGGAUUAAAAGAGAAUUGGAUGGAGUUACGUCCAUCAAAAGGGAAGCACUAGGUGGUGGUGAGGAGGCUGUUGGUGAUCCCAUAGGUGUUGUUGGUAGCGGUUUUGAUGAUAGUGGUGGUGGUGAUGAGCUUGAUGAUGUUGCUCAUCAUUCAGUUUUUGAAAAUGGAAUUGAUCAUGAUGAUGCCUCGCCUAGCUUAUGUGCUACUUGUCAAUGCAAGAGCUGCAAUGAAAGACGUGCUGAGUUAGUUAAUCGUAUCCAUGCAUUGACUGAAGCUGUAAAUAAUCUGGCACCAAAAAGGGGUAUCAAUCCAUCUAAGAUGAUUUCAAACUCCUGCAUUCCCAUUGAGAUUAGGAAAAGGAAGACGGAGAUUUCAAAGGCAUUGUCAACUAUCAAAGUUAUUAGCAAAGUUGUUAAUCCACUUCCUCGGCCAGCUGUGCAGCUUGAGCUUCAGAAGGGUGCCUCCUUUGGAGCUAAAUAGCGCGCAGGUUGAACGCAUAUACAGAGUACAGAACUGACUUGCUAAUAGACUAGCAUCGAUGGCCACCACCACUACUGAAAAUCCUAUUACUAUGCAGCUAUUUUGGGAAAUGCCACCAUCAUCGGAGAAACUUUGGCUUGACGAUAAAGUGGUGCCACAUCCGUCAGGAGGUUAAAUGCUAUUCAUCAUGAUCCUUCUACGAUGUAUGAUAUUAGUAGAACAGUACUAAUGCUGGUGAUAGGUCUUUUGUAUCUGCUGUAAAUACUGCUGGUAAAAUAGUGGCCCAACCACCACAAACUACCGUGGCUCAGCCACAUCUCUGGUUUACCAAAUUGAAAUUAUGUUUGUGUAGUGUAUUAUACACAAUAUUAUGUUUGUGUAAUGGAUGCUCGAGAGGCCCUCUCUAAGCUAUCUUCGAGCCUAGAUAUUAUGGCACCCGGGGUGUUAAUGAUGAACUGAACUAACUACGAGUGCUAAAGUCCUUAUCCGCUUAGUUAAAUGUUAUCCGAACCAAUAUCGCUAAAAGGUUUUGAGACAUAUAUAAAAAGUGCUAAUUGUCACUAAAAAUAUAUAUUUAGCGGCUAUUAAGCUAUUGUCAUUGG